AUGGCUAUCUACGUUCUUCGCAACGCUCGUCUACCAGGUGUACUGGACAAGGUCUUCAGCGAACUCGACGACGCCCUCAGCCCUCUUGGUGAGACCACCUGCUUCUUCCCCAGCAAGGGGGAAGAAGGAAAAGAAAGCCGUUAUGGGUCAAAUGGGCAUAGUCGCUUGAAUGUUUCGAAAUUCGGACCAGAUGAACUCAAAGUGAACAUCGAUGGCCGAACCCUAACCGUAGAGGGUAAACAAGAAGUCAAAGAGGACUCGCAUUAUACUAAAUCAUUCCUUCGUCAAUGGACCCUUCCAGAAGGAGUCGACGUUGAGCAGAUACGAUCCAGCCUUACCGACGAGGGUCAGCUGGCCAUCGAGUUACCAAAGCCCAAACCGGCCAUCAACUCUAGGAGUAUCCCUAUGCCAAAGGGAACCGCUCAGUCCUGA